GCCAGCGGAGGAGCAAACCCGCCGUCAACAUUAUCAGAGACUUCUUGGGAAUCUGCAGCUCGUUCCAAUCCUGUCUUUCAAUAGGUGAAACAAACCAGGUUCCGAGUUAUUUACAGCCACAGUCACUGGAUACACAAACAGCCAAAUAAUUCAUUUUGGGUCCAGGGUUUCUUCAGAGACGCAGUCUUCUACCUGACCAGCGAGGUCAAGGUGUCACGUGCGUUUCCCUCCCAGUGCCAGCUAGUUGUACGGAAAAAGAACAAAAUUCUUCUUCAAGCCGAAGAUCUAUGAUGUCAUCAGGAUUUCAGCUCUGAUGCCAGCAUUGGGUAUCUGAUACCAUGCAGAGGCGAUGAUGCGCUAUAAACUGAAUGUCAGCCACAUAAAAUGAAGAACACGACAAUGGCAGCUGAGCUGAUCAAACCAUAUAAUGGCAGCAAACCCCCUGCUCUCUUCUCACUACAGCUCCUCUCCGACAGUACAGCCUGCUGUGAAUGUGAAGGCUUGUUGGCCACUGAUGACGGUUUUACUGUUUAGUUUCUAGUUCCUGGUUUCUGUCGAGGACUAAGGCCUCCAUAUGCGGGUUGUGCUCUACCCUUACACCACGAUAGCACCUCUCUCAGAUGUUUUUCAUCAGUUUUAGAGAAGCAUUCAUAAUGUUCCUGUUGUGCAAUAUUGUAGCUAGUUGUUGAUAGCCGUGUUCACGUUACCAUGGUGAAGGGAUAUUUUCUGCUCUUUUUUUUUUUUUUUUCUUGCUGAUAACAUUGUGUAGCGAGAUUACUUUGAUCCAUUGUAUCUACUCUGAAACUGUGUCUUUAGAAAAAGGCUGUUAAUAUUUUAAAAAUCUGCUCGGCAGCUGAACUUAAUCAGAUCAACUAUAAUAGAUGUUAGCAGUGUACCAAUAAAAAGAUAAAAAUUUAAAUUAAAUCAAAAGCUGCUUUCAUCGAGACUUGUAGAGUUUAAUGGCUGCCCAUUUGCACGGCUGGGUUAUACCUGCGUUUUCGACAUAUUCAGUUGACCUGUACAAGAUGAAGUGGAUAUAUCUACACUUUUGAGAUCCACUAAAAUUUGCUGUCUCCUCGUUUCACUCAACAUUAUCUCAACUGUGCGGCAGGAUGUCGGACGGAUGAAGAUAGAGCUGUUUGCUGAUGUGGUUCCAAAGACUGCUGAGAACUUUCGGCAGUUCUGCACUGGAGAGUUCAGGAAGGAUGGCGUUCCAAUUGGCUACAAAAGCUGCACUUUCCACAGGGUGAUCAAAGACUUCAUGAUUCAAGGUGGAGACUUUGUAAAUGGCGAUGGUACCGGUAUCUGCAGCAUCUACAGGGGUCCAUUUGCAGAUGAAAACUUCAAAAUGAAACAUUCUGCUCCUGGACUUCUAUCCAUGGCAAACAGCGGACCGGGGACAAAUGGUUGCCAGUUUUUCAUUACCUGCACUAAAUGUGACUGGUUAGAUGGGAAGCACAUUGUUUUUGGAAAAGUGGUGGAUGGUCUUCUGAUCAUGAGGAAAAUUGAGAACGUCCCCACUGGACCCAACAACAAACCAAAACUGCCAAUCCUCAUCGCGCAGUGUGGAGAAAUGUGAUGUUUAAUUUUAAAAUGCAUUUUGUGAGACCCGAUGAGCUUUCCCAUUCUUUUCUCUCUCUCUCUUUUUUUUUUUUUACACAAAAAAUGCAAUAAAUUGUACUUUUCUAA